GGCGCACCGGAGUGGGCGAGGGAAGGCGGCAGGAGGCUGGUCUCACACUCGCCGACAAGAUGGCGACGGCAGCGAUGGGGAUGGCCGCGCCAGUCGCUUUGUUUCCCACCAGGGUUUGAAGCUCGCCUCCCACGCGCCGGAACGAAAGUGACAGGAGCUGUGGAGAGAUGACUGCGGAGCCCGUGAGGUACGCGGCGGCGCCUCGCUACUCUCUCGGCCAUGGCGGGCGUGAAAGCAAGUUGACUACAUUGGUGCAGAAGCUUCAUGACUUUUUGGCUCACUCAUCAGAAGAAUCUGAGGAUGCAAAGUCUCCUCCAAGAUUAACUAUAGAUAAAUUUGCUAUGACGGAAAAUAUUCCAACUCCAGUUCCAACUCCAAUGGAAAACUGCAGGGAAGAAGGUAGCAGCUCUUCUGAAAAGUCCAAAUCGUUAUGUUCACCACGUUCCAAAAGGAAACCUACAGUUGUAACAAAGUAUGUUGGCUCAGAUGAUGAACAGACCUUAGAUGAAACCACAAAUCAAGAUGUUUCAAAUGAAAACUCCGAAAAUGAAGUUGAUAUGAAAAGCUUGCCUAAAGGAACAAUUGUUGUACAGCCAGAGCCAGUACGUAAUGAAGACAAAGAUGACUUUAAAGGACCUGAAUUUAGGAACAGAAAUACUGCUAGAACGAAACCUGAAGCUCAAAAGAAGCGUGGAGAGGAAGGGCUACAUGGUAUUGUGAGCUGUACAGCUUGUGGUCAGCAGGUGAAUCAUUUUCAAAAGGAUUCAAUCUAUAGACACCCCACAUUAAAAGUACUUAUAUGUAAGACUUGCUUCAAAUAUUAUAUGAGUGAUGACAUCAGCCGUGAUGCAGAUGGAAUUGAUGAACAGUGUAGAUGGUGUGCUGAAGGUGGAAACUUAAUUUGCUGUGACUUUUGCCAUAACGCCUUCUGCAAAAAAUGUGUAUUACGAAACUUAGGACGAAAAGAACUGUCAACCAUACUGGAUGAAAACAGUCAAUGGCAUUGCUAUAUCUGCCAACCAGAACCUUUGCUGGACUUGGUUACUGCCUGUGAUAGUGUGUUUGAAAAUUUAGAACAAUUAUUACAGCAAAAUAGAAAGAGAAUCAGAGUUGACAAUGACAAAGGUAAAAUAUAUGAUAAUACGCUUAAAUAUUCUGCGAAGAAAAAUAGUUCAAGUUGUAAUGGAGAAGAAAAGAAACAAAACCAUCCACAUUCUGGUGCUCUAACCUAUUCCUACAAAGCACUGAUGGUGCCAAAAGUCCUGCUUAAAAAAACUAAAAAACUAGUUGAAACGACAACAAAUAUGAAUGCUAGUUUUGUUAACUUUUUGAAGCAGGCAAUUGAAAAUUCUGAAAUAAACCCGACGGUGCAAUUACGUCAGCUGAAGGCUUUUAAAUCUGUGUUGAGUGACAUAAAAAAGGCUCAUAUGGCAUUGGACGAAGAUCUGAAUUUUGAGAUUCGGUCUCUAGAUUUUAAAACCAAGCAAAAAAACACCAAGGAUAGUGAAACUGCAAUUAAUUUGGAUACCGGUGAAGAGAAGAAAACGGAAGGGAAAGAAAUAAAAGAGCAUAAAGUUGGAUUAGAAGUCAGUGAACAUACAGAUCCAAAUGUACCAAUAAUUGAUCAAUCAGGAAGCAAAAAACCCAACUGCAAAGAUAAAAAAGCUGUGAAAAUUGAUCUUCAGUAUGAACCCAAUAGAGCUGAGGCAACAGAUAUGGAUAUUGUAUCAAUUCCCUCAUCAGUUCCUGAAGAUAUUUUUGAAUCUUGUAUGGAAGCACAAAAAGCUGCCGGAGAACAGGGCAGUGGAAGUAGAGCAACAGAGCAAGGGGCAGUAAAUGCAGAUAUAAGAUCUAAAGACAGCAGGAAAGGAAUGAAAUUGAUACCAACAACAAAAGUAACAAAAACAUUGGUUGUGAAACUGACUCCAGUUUCCCUCUCUAGUUCUUCUGUAAAAGCUGAAGAUCCAGAUGGAAAGCCAGAAAAGGGAGAUGAGCUCGAAGACGGGAAAGAAAAUCAUGGCACUGAAUGUCCACCUGAAAGUAAAAUUACUCCUUUGGUAGAAGAUCAUGAUCUCAGAAGGUCUCCACGUGUUAAAACUACACCUCUGAGACGCCCAACAGACAUAAACACCUUACUAUGUAAUUCAGAAGAGGACAGCAAUGAUGCAUACAGUGAAAAACAAAGGAGAAAAUCCACACCAUCUAAAAGGAAAAAAGAUAAGCCAGACUCUCCUGUUACUACAGUUCACAGUCCUCAGUCUAACACAUUUUCUGAGACAAACAAACCAGACACAAUGGACCAAAGCUCUGAUUCUGAUGAGGUGCCUGCAGUCCUGCAAGCAGCAACCACAAGCAGCCACAGUACUUCAGAUACUGACAGCAACAGUGAAACACCCAAGGAUGUGUUAAAUGCUUUAAAGAGGCGGCCAGUGAAGAUGGACAAUGGAAAGCGUAAAAGAAAAAGUUCCAGUUCUGGAUCAGAUUCCGAUGCUAAAGAGGAAAAAGCAAAGCAGGAUUUGGUUGCAGCUGCGAAAAAACAACGCCAGAACUGUUCAGAUUCUUCCAAUAAUGAUUCUGAGUUGGAGAGAGAGAAUUUUAGUAAAACAGAGUCUGCAAGAAAAGCUGCAAAAAAAGAACCAAAGAAAGAUAAUGAUUCUUCAGAAGAGGAACCAAUUAAAGAAGGAAAAAGAAAUUCCAAGCAGAAGGGUGAAGUGUGCAAUGAAGUUGAUGAUGUUGAAGUCUCUGCUCCAGGAAAAGAAAAGCUAGACAAUUCUUUGGAAGAUGCACCUUGUAAAGAGCUAGGUUUUAAGGGGAGACGAACAAGGGAUUUCAAAGGGAGAGCCUCCAAAGGUAAACAGAAUAUGUCUCCAGAAAAAGAGAGUAGCAUUUCAGGCAAGAUAAGCGAACCACUGGCAAAGGAAGGACGUGAUGUUUCUUCUGAUGAUAUAGGACUGUCACUAAAGCCGGAACAAGCUGGUGAAUCAUCAGAUGAUGCUAGAAAUAAAGCUAAAAAAGGCACAGAAGGAAAGGAAAGUGGAAAUCGGAGAAAAAUUCCUACAAGGGGACAAGGUGAUUCCUCUUCUGAAAUGGAGAAGUUUUCUCCUGAAAAAGAGAGUUGUUGUUCUGGAAGUAAAGGCAAGAAACAAAGUACUGCUGAAAAUAAAAAGAACGCAAGAGAAAGGGUUUCUAAGAAGUUACAGGGUAAUGCUUCAGACACUGCAAAGUCUCCCAAAAAUGAACAGGUCUGUGAUACUUCAGAAGAUAAUUUAAAUGUAAAAAGAAAAAAUGCUAAAGUAAGCCCCAAAAGAAGAAAUUCCAAACAAGUUAGAGGUGACUUGCUUUCCUCUUCUGAGGAAGACUUGUAUGAGGAGAAAAAGAAAAAAAAAAGAGGGGCAGUCACUAAGGGAAAUUCCAAGAGUAAUCGUAAAGAGAGAGGGAAUAUUAAUGUUAAAAAGGCAAAGAAUGAAACCCUCAAUUCCUCUACCACAUCACCAUCAUCAUCCAAUGAAGCUGAAAACGAGGACCUGAAUUCAGCAGGCGAGGCAAGCAGUGAUGAACAGAAAAUUAAGCCCGUGACAGAAACUUUAUUGGCAUCAGCAACAAUUGGAUUUUGUCAGUCUUCAGGAGACGAAGGAGACAAUAAAUCGCAGACUGUACCAAUGGAAGAGGAGGAAGAUGAUGACAACGAUCCUGAGAAUAGAAUUGCCAAGAAAAUGCUUUUAGAAGAAAUCAAAGCCAAUCUUUCCUCAGAGGAUGAAACUUCUUCUGAUGAAGAAUCUGAUGAAGAGAAAAAGAGGAAAGGAAAGCAUUAUGAAAAAAGAGGUGACAAUGGAGAGAAUGAACAGGAAGAUGAGUCUGACUCUGAUUCAGAUGCUGAUGGGGCUAAGAAACCCAGAUACAGACACCGCUUGUUAAGACAUAAGUUGACCACGACUGAUGGAGAGUCUGAGGAAGAGAAAAAGGAAAAAGCUAAAGAGGCAAAAGAAGUUAAACGCAGGAACAGAAGGAAAGUAAGCAGUGAGGAUUCGGAUAAUUCGGAAGCAAAUGAAUCUGGAGUCAGUGAAGAAGUCAGUGAAUCUGAAGAUGAUCAGCGUCCUAGAACAAGAUCUGCCAAGAAAGCUGAAUUAGAAGAAAAUCAGCGAAGUUACAAGCAGAAGAAGAAAAGAAGACGCAUAAAAGUCCAGGAGGAUUCAUCCAGUGAGAACAAGAGUAAUUCUGAUGAUGAUGAUAACGAUGAUUCAAAAUCUCCUGGGAAAGGCAGGAAAAAAAUACGGAAGAUACUUAAAGAUGAUAAGCUCAGAAGAGAAACUCAAAAUGCUCUGAAAGAAGAGGAAGAGAGAAGACGGCGCAUUGCGGAAAGGGAACGUGAGAGGGAGAAGCUAAGAGAAGUGAUAGAACUAGAAGAUACACCAAUGAAAUGUCCAAUUACAACUAAGCUGGUUUUAGAUGAAGAUGAAGAAACCAAAGAACCUAUAGUACAAGUUCAUCGUGACAUAGUUACAAAGCUGAAGCCACAUCAAGUUGAUGGUGUACAGUUUAUGUGGGAUUGCUGUUGUGAAUCUGUGAAAAAAACAAGGAAAUCUGCAGGCUCUGGAUGCAUUCUUGCCCACUGUAUGGGUCUGGGAAAGACCUUGCAGGUAGUUAGUUUUCUUCAUACUAUUCUGUUGUGCGACAAGAUGGAUUUCAGGACAGCUCUUGUUGUUUGUCCGCUGAACACAGCCCUGAAUUGGUUGAAUGAAUUUGAGAAAUGGCAAGAAGGCUUAGAAGACGAUGAGAAACUUGAGGUCUGUGAACUAGCCACAGUGAAACGCCCUCAAGAGAGAAGCUAUCUGCUCCAAAGAUGGCAGGAUGAAGGGGGUGUAAUGAUCAUAGGCUAUGAGAUGUACCGUAACCUUGCACAAGGGAGAAAUGUGAAGAGCAGGAAACUCAAGGAAAUAUUUAACAAAGCACUGGUUGAUCCAGGCCCUGACUUUGUCAUAUGUGAUGAAGGACACAUACUGAAAAAUGAAGCAUCUGCUGUUUCUAAAGCUAUGAAUUCUAUAAGAUCCAGGAGGAGGAUCAUUCUUACAGGAACUCCAUUGCAAAACAACCUCAUAGAAUAUCACUGCAUGGUUAACUUUAUCAAGGAGAAUUUGCUUGGGUCAAUUAAGGAGUUCCGAAAUCGAUUUAUAAAUCCCAUCCAGAAUGGUCAGUGUGCGGACUCUACCCUGGCUGAUGUCAGGGUGAUGAAAAAACGUGCCCACAUCUUGUAUGAAAUGUUAAAUGGAUGCGUUCAGAGGAAAGAUUAUACAGCAUUAACAAAGUUCCUGCCACCAAAAUAUGAAUAUGUUCUGGCUGUUAGAAUGACUCCUCUUCAGUGUAAACUGUAUCAGUUCUACUUGGAUAAUCUAACAGGUGUCGGCAACAGCAGUGAAGGUGGAAGAGGCAAAGCUGGAGCUAAGCUCUUCCAGGAUUUCCAGAUGUUAAGCAGAAUUUGGACUCAUCCUUGGUGCUUGCAGCUGGAUUAUAUUAGCAAAGAAAAUAAGGGCUAUUUUGAUGAAGAUAGUCUUGAUGAAUUCAUAGCUUCUGAUUCUGAUGAAACAUCAGUGAGCUUAAGCUCUGAGGAAGAGAUCAAGAAGAAAAAAUCGAAGGGUAAGAAAAAGGAGAGUAGCAGCAGUGAAAGUGGAAGUGAUAAUGAUGUUGAAGUGAUUAAAGUCUGGAAUUCAAGAUCUCGUGGAGGUGGAGAAGGAAACAUAGAAGAACCAAUAAACAAUCCUCCAGCCAUUGCAAAGUCAGAUGAAGGUAAAACUGCUUCUAACCCAGGCAGCCCAGCUCCAGAUUGGUACAAGGAUUUUGUCACUGAUGCGGAUGCUGAAGUGUUGGAGCAUUCUGGAAAGAUGAUGCUUCUUUUUGAAAUUCUUCGCAUGGCUGAGGAGCUCGGGGAUAAAGUCUUAGUGUUCAGCCAGUCUCUGAUAUCACUGGAUUUGAUAGAAGAUUUUCUGGAGUUGGCAAACCGGGACAAAGAAGAAGACAAACCUAUUAUAUAUAAAGGUGAAGGGAAAUGGUUCAGAAAUAUAGAUUAUUAUCGUUUAGAUGGCUCUACAACAGCACAAUCAAGAAAGAAGUGGGCUGAAGAAUUUAAUGAUGUAACGAAUGUCAGAGGCCGUUUGUUUAUUAUCUCUACUAAAGCAGGAUCCCUUGGAAUAAACCUGGUGGCUGCAAAUAGAGUAAUUAUUUUUGAUGCUUCUUGGAAUCCAUCAUAUGAUAUCCAGAGUAUUUUCAGGGUUUAUCGCUUUGGGCAAAAUAAACCAGUGUUUGUGUACCGCUUCUUGGCUCAGGGAACAAUGGAAGACAAGAUCUACGAUCGUCAAGUAACUAAACAGUCACUGUCUUUCCGGGUGGUUGAUCAGCAACAGGUUGAACGCCACUUUACCAUGAAUGAACUCACUGAGCUGUAUACUUUUGAGCCAGACUUGUUGGAUGAUCCUAAUUCAGAAAAGAAGAAAAAAAGGGAUACACCUAUGUUACCAAAAGAUACAAUUCUAGCUGAACUCCUCCAGAUCUGCAAAGAACAUAUAGUGGGCUAUCAUGAACAUGAUUCCCUCUUGGACCACAAAGAGGAAGAAGAAUUGACUGAAGAGGAGAGGAAGGCAGCUUGGGAUGAAUAUGAAGCUGAAAAGAAGGGCCUGACGAUGCGUUUCAACAUGCCAACGGGGGCAAACAUGUUCCCCACCAACUUUAAUGCUCAGGCUCCAUAUAUUCCUUUCAAUUUGGCAGCAUUGUCCGCUAUGAGCAACCAGCAGCUUGAGGACCUCAUUAAUCAAGGCAGAGAAAAAGUUUUGGAAGCUACCAACAAUGUUACUGGAGCAAGAAUUCAACCCCUUGAAGACAUCAUUUCCAGUAUAUGGAAGGAGAAUCUGACACUCACAGAGUCCCAGGUCCAGUCUUUAGCUCUAAGCCGACAAGCAACCCAGGAGUUGGAUGUUAAGCGCCGGGAGGCCAUCUAUAAUGAUGUCCUGACAAAGCAGCAGAUGCUAAUCGGUUGUGUUCAGAGGAUUCUGAUGAGCAGAAGACUCCAUCAGCAGUACAGCCAGCAGCAGCCACAGCAGCUGACCUACCAGCAAGCAGCGCAGCACGUGGCUCAGCAAGCAGCCAUGAGUCAUGCAAUGAUGCCAAAGCCGGGUUUGAUUAUGAAUCCUUCCAGCUUCCAACAGAUAGAUAUGAGAGGGAUGUAUCAAUCUGUUGCUGGUGCAAUGCAGCACCCACCCCCCUUGCAGCGGGCUCCUCUUCCAAUGAGCGGCAAAGGCCCAGGACCAUCCCAAGGGAAACCAAUGUGAUUAUUUUGCACUAAAAGUUUUUAAGGAUUGUUAAAAUCACAGAGUGAGAGAGAACUUUUUUUAUUUUUUUAGGAAUCAAUGGCUUAACAGAACUCAACUGUUUAAAUAGUUUGAAUGAUUUCCGCCCCCCCCCAGCUUAAUCGGCACGUUCCAUUGUAAUUAUUCACUUUGUUUUAAUAAGACAUAACGCCCCCUCCCCGAUAUUUAGUGGUGUUGCCUAGAAUCUUCUUACAUGUGUUGAGUACAGGAGAUAUCCAGUUGUUUUCAGUGAAAACAGGUCCUUUCCAUAACAUUAGGGGCUGUACAGGUUUCCUGUUUAAACUCCUAUGCUUGCUGUUAAUAGCCAUAAAAACAGCCAUUAAAUGGGAGAAACUUAGUGAAGUAACACAGAUCUGUAUAUUUUGGUUGUCUCUCACACAAAUGUGCACAGCUGAGUUCUUGGUUAAAGUUGAUUCCUCAAAUUAUGGAACUUUUUAUAAUCUUUCACAAAAUAGAAAGUGUAAAGACAGAACUGACACAGAAAUUUAUUCUAAUCUUACAAUUUGUGAUGGGGGAAAAACCAUAAGAUUUAAAAAUGAUCUUAAAACAGAACUGAGUGCAAUAUUUUUAAAUACUACUGCAUUUAAACUUCCAAGUCAUGCAGGUUUUUUAAGAAACUCUCUGCAGCCUUAAGUUAAAGCCUGAGAAGUUGCUGUUUCCUCUAGCCUUCUGCCACUUUUAUUUCAUGUACGUGAUGGAAUAAUAUCAAUAAUUUUUUAUCCUUCACCAGUAUACUUCCACCAUGUGCUCGUUCCGAUACAAAGCACAUUUUUUUGACUCCUUUAUACUGGUGCUAGGGUCUCAUCCUGUUGCCGGCAGUAGGAUGGUUGUGGACGGGCUAAGAGAAAUAUACUCCUGGUACUUUGGCGCUCAAAUAUGGUGGCAGUGGUUGGGAUUGAGCCUGUCUUCAGUAAGCAGUUUUGAAAUGGCUAGAACCAUUUGCUCUUUAACCACAUGAAGGAAUGUGCUUUCACAGUUUGCAGUACUGUCAAGAGUUGUGAAAUAAUUCCUUGUUUUAUAGAUAAGAAUCUCAAUUUACCCUGUAUUCCUUUCCCACCCUAUUUCCCCCUUUAAAAAAAUAUAAAUAUGAAAGUGGAAGAAACAGCUUGGUUUUUUUGUUUUUUUGUUUGUUUGUUUCUGUGCUGGAGGGAGAAGUAAAUUUCCAAAUAAUUAUGCUUCAUUAACAGCUACUUUUACGACAUGAAAGUGGAAUAGUUGUCUGUUUUCUGGGCUUAUGAAGACCCACUAAAUCUUUUUCUCGCAUUAGUCUAGCUGAUGUCUCCAGAAGAAAAUACAGCUAUUGGAACGCAGGCAUAAAAUUAAAUGACAGGUACAUAUGAGGCAUUGGAGAAGGAGCAAGUAAAGAGUAGGGUUAUUUUGGAGAUUUAUGAACGCUAGGUAGGAUUCACACCACUGAAAAAGCAAGAGUUGCUAAUUUGUAGUCUAAAAUUUCUUAUUUUUUAUCUAUAAUGCGCUUUGAGUCCCUGUCAGAGAAAAAGGCAGGUUAUAAAUAAAGAUAUAAUAAUAAUAAAAGUUUGGUUUUGUGAAUCAUUCAAGAAGAGUGGUUGUGUUUUAUUUCUCCUAUCUGAGUGAAUCAGUCAGCACCCAGGCAAUGUUAAUUUUGGGAAAGAUUCAAUUUUGCAGUGAAAAUGCUUUGGUUGGUAAUAGGAACACAGCUUGAUCAUUGCAGCAGAUUUAACUAUAAGUUGCUGUUUUCAGCUCUUUUAACAAUGGGAAGACAUCCUGAGCCCUUGUUCAGCUAGUGGUGUGAUUCAUUUCUUUAAUUUGGUGAGAAGGAAAGUGCUCAAAGAUUGCUAUAUUUGCUUCAGAGGAAGUGAAAAUAGAGAUUCCUUGACAAAUGCUUGAAGGCAAAUGGUAGCUGCCCAGGAUAUUCCUACAUUUUGUAAAAUAGAGCUGGGAAUCUGAGUGGCAUUUUUACAUCAACUCAGGAGACUAAAGUUUUCACCAACUUUUUAAAGACAACACUUUUUCUCAACCUCAACAACAACAGAAAAAAGGCAACUGGUGUGGAUGAGGAUGUCUUGGAGACAAGAAGCAUUGAACUAAAACUUGGACCACUUUUCAUACAUAUUUCUCACUUGGCAUAUAGCUGCAUAAUAACGUGCUUUUUAGUAUAGCGUCAAGUUUUAACCAACAUUUAAUGACAGAAAUGUCAUCAGUUAUUAAAAAAACUCAUUUUUAUAUUUGUUUUAAAUGUUUACCUAGUUGAAAUAGCUUAUAUAAGAUGAUAAAUUGUUGCUCGUAAUACAGUUUUGCCUGCUAAAUUCUCCACCUUUUGUAACCUGUUUAUUCCUUUGGAUGUAAAGCGUUUUUGCUUAGUAUUGUGAUAUUGUACAUGUUUUUGUCCCAGUUGCAUAGUAAUGUUUCAGUCCCUUGACCAGCUUUGGCUGCUGAAAUCAUACAGCUGUUAAGACUUGGCCUAUGUUUUUAUUUUGUUUUUAAGACAGUUUUUCAGUUGUGUAUUAAAUAUCAUAAGAGUACUGUAGAAAAUAUGUCACUUCUUAUAAGGCUGUUUUGUAAAAUAUAUAUUAAGGACUGGAAACGUGUUUCUAAGGAGAAGCAUUCAAGUAUGGCAAUACGCUAUCUGUGUUUUCACCAUUCGAAGUGCUGUUUGGUAGUUAAAGCUAUUUAAUAUCUGAUUUAAUAAAGUGACCAAAAUGGAUUAA